CAUCAUCACUUGUGCCAUUCUGGUUUGAUCAAGCUAUUCAAUUGCCAUGUUAUUCGUGUUGUAGAUUGCAAGUGUACCAAUUUACAUGCAAGAGGUGUAUGGAGUGCUUGCUUAAAAAUUUCCAUAUUAUGGUCACAUUAUUUCACAUGCACCACUUAUGUAAUACUAGUAAAUGCAUUUUCAUAUAUAUGUAAGUGUACUCAUGCAUGUGAUUAUGUUACGAGUGAAGGCAAUUUUGGUGGGAGUGUAAAGGCACUUCAUACACCGUGCGGUUGUAAUUGUCUAUUUGGCAUUCCAUAAUUUUAUCGUCUGCGAAGAUUGUAAUUUUUGGCCCAAUACUGGGGCACGUUAUGGCGAUGGAAAAGGAAUUGCAUCGUUAAUCGGCAUAUUAUUUAUGCCUGCCUGAGACUUUGGUAACAAGUGGCACAGUGUUUUUACGGGAAUCUAAGGAACAAAGUGAAUCAGCAAGCCAAAGAGUCAGCUUUGACCAUGAUGAAGAGACUAGAUUCAAUAAAGCUGUUUUGACUAUUGUUUACCCAGUAUGAGAACACGUGCGAGCUUUCGUUUGUUUGUCGUCGUAGUCCGGGCAGGCACAGUAAAAACACUUCCAACGUAGCGUCAAAAUGGCCUCAUCAUCAUCAACAAGCCUGAUUAUCAAGAUGGAGCCAAUAAAUAGACGCUAGACAUUUGAGUUGAGUUCAACAUGACAUUUCAGCUGGAUGAACCUACGAACAUACAUAUGUAACUACGUUUGGCGACGAGCACAGGAUAUAUGCUAGAGAUCAGCUAGAAUUGCACCAUAACGCAUGAAUCUCAGAAUCUGAGUGGAUGUUGAUGGAUUUUGAUUUGGAUUGUGAAACGAUGUUGUGAUCCAGUCAUUUCUCAUAUGUCUCAAUAGUUCGAGGUAUGUAGAGCUGUGUAUGGACGCUAUGCAGUUUGAUCUACACUAAUGUUACAGUUACAAUGAAUUAUGGUUGCAAUGCAGCAGUGUCAUCGAUUUAUUAUUGAGGUGUAUUAUGGACGCUAAGCUGGAAUCGGCCACAAUCGUUAUUAUACACUGUUAUAAAAUACGUGGCUUUACCAUAAUUUGCACCAGCAGUUGGCAUGCAGCCAUAAUGUAACAGGACUAAAGCCCAGUGUAGAUGUUAGCGGAUCAGCCAAGCCCAAGUUCAAGACUAUUCUGUGUCAGCCUCUCGUAGCAGCCCUAGCAUAAUUUAUGAACUAGCCUAAUCCAGCUGAAGUCCAGCUUGAACAACAGCCCGGGAAUCGGCCCGGUCAAGCCAUACAGCCCGGGAGCCAGCGUGGUUUAGUCUUGUACAGUCCAGGUCCAGCCAGGUUUGAACUUGAAGCAUAAAUCAAGCCAACAACAUUGAAUUUAUAAAUGAAACAUUGGAUCUGAACUUGAUGAAAUAAAAGUAGUUAGAACCAGAGCUAUAAUAGGCUCUGUGAAACUUCAAGACUCUUGAUAACAAAUUAACAGAGGUCAAGUAAAAGUUGAAUUUUAAUAACUAUUUCAUGUAUAGUAGUCUAUUGAAAAGUGUUUCCAAUAUGAUUCUGCAAAUACUGCAUGUUUUGUUUGCAGGUAGCCAGCAUUAGUUUUGUGCUCAAGUGACAAGAAAGUUAAAGGUGUAAUUUCAUUACAAAGUGAUAUUGACAUCGCAGUUCAGAGUCAAGCAAGGAAGGAAUAUGUGGCGAUGUUGAACUUUAUCGCAUGAUCGCGUGGUCUGCAUUCAAGCCCUUUUGAUAAGCGAAUUUUGAGGCGUGCGUAAAGGCUUUAUUGGGAGAUGUAAAAUCAAAUUACUAUGGAGUAUUUGUAAUUGCAUUAGCAAGAAGCAUUUUAAGCGGUUUUACAUUGAUGAGGUUGGUAGGCUUAGCGCUGUAGCUUUGCUUAAAUUGAUGUUUGAUUUCACUCUAGUUGCAUGACAAUUUAAUUUGGUCAAUUUGCUGUACAAGGUGCAAGUGCAUGGUUUAGCAUAAGAGGCCAGCUCCUUAUUACACUUCUGUUGUGUCAAAGCCAAUUAAACAUGGCAGAUUCAAGAAAGUCAUCAAGGGAGAGGCAGCCCACGGAAAAAAUGGCCGCUCUUCAGGCCUCUGAAGAAUCAAAGACAGAGCGGAAGUUUUUCAAGAUGUAUGGCUCCCUUAAGGCCACAGUAAAGGCAGCUAGAACAAUCAUUAAGACAGAGACAGAAGAAGGUCCCAUCAAACAACAGAUAUCCAUACUGGAAGCUGGAGAGAGGGAAUUGAUGGAAACCUACGAGAUUUUGAGGAGACACAAGGUCCCCAUAAGAGAGGCCACCACGAGGAUGGACCGUGCCAACGCAAUGGUCGGAGAUAGCCUCAACGCCUUGGAAGAAGUUCUGGGAUCCCUAGAAGGUCCUUUUGACGCCGAGGAUCGGAAGCAGAUAGCGAAAGAAUUCUUGAAACAAGAAUAUGCUUCAUCGGUCUUCAGCUCAAUUUUAAGCGAAAUGGACCAAGGGGUUGAAACCAGCCAACUGCGUGGAGCCACACCAGUAAUUGACAUUGAUAGCAAUCCUGGACAGCCUGUAGAAUCUCGUAACACACCAUCACUUCUUCCUCAAGACAAAAUGUACCCAGGAGUUGGAGUAAACCAACCACCUGAAGGUAUUCAAGGGCAGUCAGCAGAACCUCCUGCCAAGACGUCAUCUCCUUCCCCUCAAGAUGAGAUGGGCCCAGAGUUUAGAGUAGGCCAGCUACAUGAUAGUCUACCUGAUUCGCAUGUGGAACCUCGUGACAAGACACCACUACAGCCGCCUCAGACAACGUCGGUUGACGUCCAGGGCUUAUGUAAGGCUUUAGCAGACAUGUACCACACAAGACUUCCGAUGCCAGUGCCACGCACCUUUAGUGGGGAUCCGCUCGAGUUUGUAGAGUUCGACAAAGGUUUCAAGACUUUGAUCGAAAACCGUGGCAUACCACCAACAGAGAUGCUGUAUUAUCUGAAGCAGUACCUGACUGGUCCGGCAAGGGAGGCCGUGGAAGGUUUCUUUUUCGGGGACUCCAAAGAGGCAUAUGAUGGGGCAUGGAGGUGCCUUCGACAGAGGUAUGGUCAUCCUUUUAAUAUCCAACAAGCGUUCCGGAAGAAGCUAAGUGCUUGGCCGAAGAUAUCCUCCAAAGAUGCCAUAGGUCUUCAGAAGUUUGCGGACUACUUAAAGUCUUGUGAUGAUGCUAUGCCAUAUGUCACUGGCCUCCAGGUGCUAAACGACUGCUAUGAGAAUCAAAAGAUGAUAGCCAAACUUCCAGACUGGCUGAUUAGUAGCUGGAAUAGGGUGGUAUCAAAUGAGUUGGAAGGCGGCAGCUAUCCUUCAUUUUCUAAGUUUGUGAAAUUUGUUGCUAAGGAGGCAAGGAUAGCCAACAAUCCCAUUUCUUCUCUAGGUGCCCUGAAAUCUGAGGACUCUCAAAGAGAAUCAAGUCCCAAGACCUUCAAGAUCAAGCGAGAAGCAAGAAAUAAAGGAUCUGCUUUGGCUGUCAACACCAAGGAAAGUGCCAAAGGCAAGAACAUCCCAAACCAAGUCAAGAAGGCUCCAAAACCUUGCUGCCUGUGUAGUGAAACUGGACACAAGUCCGAGGACUGUGACAAGUUUUUGGCCAAGCCACUUUCUGAACGCAGGAAGUUUGUUCAAGAAAAUCAUGUAUGCUUUGGUUGCUUACAGAAGGGGCAUUUUUCUAAGGCAUGUAAACAAAGGCUGAAGUGUAGUACAUGUGGUAAGCGCCAUCCCACGGCUCUUCAUGAGGAAAACCCUACGAUAAGAGAGGACGAUGCGCACAAGAGUGAAGGAGCUUCUAAGGACAGGGCUACGUCUUGCCAAGUCCGUUCUGGAAAACAAGCUAGCACUUCGAUGAUUGUACCAGUGUGGGUCGCGGCAGAACAAGCACCAUCGUCAGAGAUUCUGACUUACGCCCUCCUGGAUACCCAGAGUGAUUCAUCGUUCAUUCUAGAUGAAGUAGCGCAAGCCCUGAAUGCUAAGCAGCAACCCAUACGCUUAAAGUUAUCUACUAUGACUUCGUCAUCGAACAUUGAUUGCAGCGUGACCUCAAGUAUCUUAGUUAGAGGUAUGAUGUCGCCCUCCCAGCUCAAGAUAGGAAAAUGCUAUACGCGUGACUUCAUACCGACUGAUAGAGAACACAUCCCAAGCAGAAGUACUGCUGAGAAGUGGACUCAUCUCCAAGAUGUUGCAAGAGAGAUGCCAGCACUUCAGAGAUGCGAAGUCGGCCUACUGAUAGGCUAUAAUUGCCCAAGAGCUCUGACACCAAGACAAGUAGUUACUGGUAGCGAUGUAGAACCAUUUGCUAUUCGAACUGACCUCGGCUGGAGUAUUGUUGGCUUUGCCGAAGAAGAGAAUGCCAUGGACUUCAGUAGCCAGUGUGGGAGGGUUUCUACUCGCGAGAUACCAUUUCCGAAGCCAAAGGAGAUCAUAGGGUUGCUUGAGGCAGAUUUCGCAGAGGACAAAUCGCCGGACAAAGCAUGCUCUCAGAAUGACCUACAAUUCUUGAAACACCUUGAGACCAACAUUGUACAAUGCGAGGAUGGUCAUUUGCAGAUGCCGCUGCCCUUCAAGACCCGGCCAAACCUUCCAAGCAACAAAAGGUUGGCAACCGUUCGAUUCUAA